AUGUCCUACGGAGAUUCGAAUCCACGACUAUCAGAUCGAGCUAAGUAUCCGUAUUUCUAUCGAACGGUUCCAAGCGAGACGGACUUCAACGUAGCGAGAGUUAAACUGCUGCGACAGUUUAACUGGAACAGGGUUGGGACGCUUUUUCAGGAUGCUUCGAGUGGGAUCGACAAGCAUUCUUUGAUUCAUAGCAACCUGACAGAGAUGUUGGACCGGAUGGACAUUGAGAGGCAGACGGAAAGUUUUUCAACUGACCCAAGAACUGCACUUGAAAACCUUAAAACAACCAGACAAGUGAACAGACAGACAGAACGGAAUGAUAGAGAGGAGAACAAAAUGACAGACAGAGGAGAACAGACAAAGAGGAACAGACAGAGGAACAUACAUUCAGACCGACAGGCAAAGCAGGCAGUUGAUAACAGUGACAAUAAACAACAAUGA